CGCACUUCCUCUGUUUAUGUCACCUGAGCAAGCACUUCCUGUGAACAACGCAGACGGGUCAGAUUGAAUGGCUGCCACUAUUUGCAGGGGUAGCUCUAGGUAGAAGAAAGAGCUGAAUAUCAAUAAGGAAUUGCAUAACCUGUGGUGACACGAAAGCUGUUGGCACAGUAAGUCAUAUUCUCGUGUAAGAACACUGCACGAAGCAGGGUUUGCCAAACAACACUGCGUAAGAUUGGAAACGCACAACGCUCUGCUUGCAGAUGUUUCGUAAAAAACGAAGCUAUGGUGCUGCCGUAUAACUGCCAAAACUAAAGGGUUAUCAAGACACCGUCGCUGCCUCGUUAAAUUGUAAUACUACAGCAGCACGAUAAUCUUCCCGGGGUUGCAACAUGUUAUGGAGGACCAUUUAGUACCACAUGUCUGGUUGCACUCAGAUUGUGACUCUACGUGAGGAGACGUUUUCACUGUGCUGGAUAAAUUAUUGUGAGCUCUCUGUCCAGUUGGCAUGUUUGCAACCUGGCAUAUGAGGCUCACUGUGUUUUAAAGAAAUCAGGUCAGAAUUCAUACUGCAAUGGUACAAAUCUUGACUUGGGUUCAUCCUGUUGUGCCAGAUAGAAGAUGUCUGAUUCAGGUCCCCCAUUUUGCCAGUACAAGCAACAGGUAAACCUAAAUGAAGAAAAACUGGACCCUCAGAUGUUGUCUCCACUUUCACUUAAUGGAAUGAAUAGUACAUCAUCCCUGGAUCCAACUUUCCUCUACCACCGUUGGUCCGAAUUCACAGAUGAUGUUAGCCCUAAUUUAGGAUUUUCUGAAGCUGGUGGACAAAGAAAUCCAGUCAACCUCUCUUAUUCUGGAAAUGGGCCUGAUUUAUUUGGAUUGGUCUCCAGUAUCUUGGAAGAGCCAAAUGGAUCACAACACCUAGCAGACUGGAAUACUACUUCCAGACUGUUUCCAUCGUUGCCAGUAGAGAACAGUGACUGUGUUGGCUACCCAGCAUUAAACAACAGAUCUCCUGCUUUUAUUGAUACAAAAGAACUCUACGCUGAAAAUUUUCAGAAAUCACCAGAAACUCAAAGUGAUACCCUCUAUGAAGGCGUACAGGAUCUGAGCUUGAUGGAAUCCUGGCUUUCUGCUGUAAAGAAGGACACCAGCCUGGCAAACCUCCAAUCAGCACGUUCCCCACAGUGGAUCUAUGCACAGGACUCUACCUGCAGGAGCAAUAUGUUUGAUCAGGAAGCAGAUCUCAGUAAUCAUGGGUAUAAUACAGACCCAUGCGUGCACAAUUUUACUAAAGAGCUGCUUAAUGGGGAUCCUGAGAAGAAUUCUUUCGAUUUUAAUUCUUAUGCUUUCCUUAAUCAAAGUAACAGUAAAAACUCUGGACUUCAGAGAGGGGACAAAAAGGAUCAAUUCCGAGAGAAAUUAAGCAAGCAAAAUCUUGUAAACCAGAGUUCUAUGAAUAACCUGAGGAGUGUGCACUUUGUAGAUGGUUGGGGCCUACAAAAGCAAACAUUUAAAAAUUAUGAAGAUCAUAGUAACCUUCAGUCCCUUAAAAAAACAAUUCCACCACCACCAAAUUCUUUUGAUCAACCAAGUCUGAAAGAAAAUGGGAUAAACUGGAGGACCAACUCUGAUAUAAUGAUUAAUAGCCAAGAAUGGUGUACCGUAAAUAGAAAAUCUUCUGAUCAAGCAAAUUUUAAACUUCCAGAAAAGCAUGCUUUUUCUUCUCAUUUCUCUCAGUCUGUAAACUCCAUGCUAAAGAGUGGAGAAAAUUUGUAUUCAGCCAAGAGUGGGCAUUUGAAACCUGACAGAGAUCAUUUAAGCCCCACUGGGAAGUUCAGCACUCCCUAUCAUAUAAACCAUGUUGUAAGCCCACAAGCUUCAUCAUCUGAGGGUUCCAGCUUUUCAGUUGAUAGCAGUCUCAAACAAGCAUCUCUCGUUUCAGUUUCCCAGCCUGCCUGUUUCUCCCCGACAUCUUCAGUUUGUGUAGCUACCAGAAAAGAUAAAAUGUCUAUAGGAGAUAAUCCAGGCUGUUGGCUUAAUCUCUUCAGUGAGAAUCCAGGUCAAAAUAUUUCUAUUAAUGUUUCAAGGCCGGAUCAUAUAAUGUCCAAAGAGAUCCAGUACAGUAAACAGCAUGUCGGCAUUUCUACUGGCUGGGGAUCCUCUGAUUCACUUAGAAAUGAACAGUUUCGAUUUCAGAACAAAGCAAAUCAGGAGAUUCAGGAUGACAGAAAAGGAAACAAGAAAAAUAACUGGUACCCUCAACCCCACAACUUUGGUUGUUCCACCAGACAUCAAUAUAUUAAUAAUCUUAGAAAGCAUAACCAUGGUGCCUAUAACACUUACGAUUUCAGCAACUCAUUUAUUUCAAAUUUCCCUUUAGUGACACCAGAGUUAAAGCAGAACCUCAGUUGUUCACAAUUUAAUCAUAAUGCUAGUGCCUCCCCUCUCCCAACAUCUGGUCUCCCUUUUCCCGACCUUAUUGAUCUUCUUCGUUAUGAAGACUUGAGUCACUUGGGACCUUCAGUUGAUGAAAUUUUUUGUGGAGACCUACCUCCACCUUAUUUUGGUUUUCCUCAGAAUUUCAGGUUUCGCUCAAUGAGGAAUCGCAGCGGUCCUGCCAAUGAACUCCACAUGCAGCUGGAAAUGUGUUAUGAACAGUGGCGGGCCCUUGAGAAGGAAAGAAAAAAGACUGAAGCCAGUCUUGCAAGAAAUUUUCUUGGAAAGCGAGUUUCAAGUUCUAAUAACACUCCCAUUCCUCGUCUCCCAGUCAGUCCUUCUAGAGUUGACCGUUUAAUUGUGGACCAGCUACGUGAGCAAGCUAGAAUUGUGACUUUAGUUGGGAAAAUGGAACGUCUACGCAGUGCUCCUGUACAUACAAAUAUAAUUACUGCCCUUGAUCAUCAUUUGGAAGCAAUCCACUUAACUCAAGCCAGGCGAAAGGAUGAGAUUGUUAAUGCUACUAAUCGUCAACGGCAGGGUGCACCAAGAUAUAAUGAUGAAAAAGAUGUUCUUGCUUUGGCUGUUGCAAUUAAAGAGCUUGCACUAUAUACUCGCAAAGCACGUACUGCCUUAUGGUGUGCCCUUCAGAUGACUUUACCUAAUAACACCUUGAAUGCAUCCGCUCGGCAGUCAGAGCUUGAGAAGGCCCUUCAGGAACUGAGCAACUUUACUAUAGCAGCAGAACAUUCUAACCAAGAAAUGAAAGUCCCAAGUGUCUUGGAAGGCCACCAGCAAAUGAAUACAGAAAAUAAGAUUCCAAAGAAACAAGGAGUUUAAGUCAGGAGAUUAGUAUUAUUGCUAUUGUAUGCUAGUAUUUGAAUGUUGGAAUAUGUCAGACUGGCAAAAUAUGAAGAUUAGAUGAUGAAGGCAAGUGCUUUGUACAAUUUCUUUUUCCAAUUUAAUGUAAUAUCACUGGAAUAGUCACUGCUUGUGCUAGUUUUGGCAUAGAUGAAUAUAAAAUUCAAAGUGUUUAGAUUCCACUUUCUAACUUAUUAGAACUUGUGAGGUUGAUUCCAUGCAGGCACAGAAUAUUUUCCAUUUAAACCUUACAGGUGUUAAGAGAUUGCGAUUUCAAAGGAGGGAAACAAACCCUUUUUUAAUAUGGUGAACCUGUUGUCAUAGAUUCAUCCAUAGCUAAGCAUGUACUGUGGUCUGUAAAGAAUCAGUGUUGAGUAUCAUGUGAUGUGCCAAAAAACUACCAAACAUAUUCAUUUCUGUUUUCCAUUAUUAGCAUUUAUUACAUAUUGCAAAACAUUAACAUUUGUUAUGCAGCAAUUGAAUAGUCUUUCCAUUAGACUGUUUUUUAAUAGAUAGGCGGCCGUCAGUGUUUCCUGUAAGUUACAAGUUCUGCAGGUUGCGUAAUGUAGCUGUCUUUGCAAAUAAGUGUUAAUUAAAUUAUAGUUUCAGCUGGCUUAGCUGUAAAAAUACAUAUAGUAUUAGUUGAAAAUGUUAAUGGAUGAUACUCAGGAUUAGUACUGUGGCUUACUGUACUAACACACAAAGAGUGGGGGAAUUUGAAUUAAUUCAGUGGACAAUAAUUAGUAACUGCAUUCCAUGUUUAUUUUAUUAAGAUGCAUUUUGUGCAUGUAUUACUAGUAUAAUGUUCUGCAUAAUGGUUACUAUUGCCAAGCCUUCCUAAUAAUCUACAUUAACUGUUUACUCAGGUAAAAAUAUACAAAAUGGUUUGUUUAGGUUCAGAGACACAAAGUUUUAUUUAUUUAUUUUUUUUUUCAUAAAUUGUAACACUGUACAGUACUAACUUACCAAAGCUAUUUUUGUUUUAACAAAUACUGUUACGGGCUUGUUUUUAUUGUAUUAGCAUUUUAGAGAAAAGUCAAGUAAUAGUUGAAAUUUGGCUUAGACAAUCACUUGAAUUAAAUAUCUUUAAAUUACACUAUGUAUAGGAAUGAGAGAAAAAACAUAAGAUCAGGAUAUUAAUAAGUCAGAAUUGUAAUGAUAAACUAUUAAUACUAUAUUUUGAAAUUUUAAACACCUGUUAGACCUUGUUGAGUUUUCUGUUUUUAUAAAUAUAAGCAUUUUGUUAUUUUUAAAAAUUACCAUUCAAGAAGCUGUAAUGAAAAUGAAAACAAAGCUAACAUUUUGUUUUAAACUCUUACUAGAAGUAGUUAAUAUUCUCAGGGUGUACUUUACUCUUGCUGGUUACCUUUUAGUUACUAACUUCAAAACAAUAAGUUCAAUUACUUCAUGUGUAAAGUACUUUUUUUCUUAUUUAUUUAUUUUUGUUUAGCAGCUGUGUAAAUAAUUUUUAAAAAAUGUUUGUCCUAUUGCUGUGUUAAUGGAAUUGAUUUUUCAUUUGAAAAACAUUUGAGAUAUGUUAUUAAUCACACAUUCAGAUGCACGUUUUCAAACUAUUACUUUUGUAUUUUCUUUAGAGUUUAUUUUUCUUAUCUGUUUUAUGUUCUUGACACAUUCAUUACUGUACUUUAUUUAAUAGUCAGGCCACAUGUUUUGUUGUGUGCCUGUCAACCUCUUUCAAUUAAUCUAUUAUCUGUUCUACUGUCUUGCAUAGUCUUGCAUAAGAGCAUGUUUUAAAACAUAUUUAGGUUAUUACAUCUCUUACAACAAGAGGAAUAUCACUUGUAUUAAUUUUCUAAAUGUCACAAUUGCCUUUCUUGUUACUUAACUGGAAUUUAAAAAAAAAUAAAUAAAGUUGAAGUUUCGCUUGUUGACGCAAUUACAUAGUUUUAAAUUGCAUCCAGUGAAGAUUUUACAUUUAACCAGUGGGUAAAUACAUGCAGAAUUGACAAACUGAUUAUUGUGGUUUUUAUACCAUAAUUACCAGUAAAUAGAACAGUUGUUUACAAUAUUUUAUUGUUUUAUCGCUGAGAAAAUAUUUUUGCUACUUCUUGUGAAUGUAUAUGUCAUUUAGGCCAUAGAAGUUCAAGGCCCAGAAGUUUAAAAUGAGUAUUUAGUAGAAUAUAUCUGAAUUAAAUGUUUAACUAAUUUUUUAGUAAACUGAGCCUUGAAUGAUGCGUAUUUGCUUAUUUUCCUUUUCAAUCCAUAAAUUGAUAAAAAAUUUAUAAUUUGCCCUACUCAGAUUACUUGGGAAUCCUAUGCAGUGCAUGGAAAAAUUGCAUUUUGGAUUAAUAAUGUAAUAAUGAGAAAUGUUAUAAAUAUAAAGCAGUUUAUUGUCUCUAAUAAUGUUUUGCUGUACAUUUAACAUGAUUGUGUUACUUGUUUAGUGAAAUACAUAGCAUGGAAUGAAAAGGGUAAAGGAAAAGUAAUUUUUGUAGACUUCUCUCACAUAAUUCCUUAUCAAUGAUUAACCAUUGUAUAACAGUUUUUAAAUAUUAAGUCUCUCUCAAUUUUAUUAGACACUCCUAAAUUUCUAUCCUCAGGUUUUAACAAUUAACAUUGUACAAUUUUUCUCAAACUUGCGUCAGUUGUUUAGAUUUUAAUAAAAUCAAAUAUUAUAAAGCACAGUUAUAUAAAAUAAUGAUGUUAAUGUCCUGCAUUGUUAAAAUGAUUUAAGGAUAACAGUGAUGUAUCAUUCAUUCAGUUGGUCUGCUAUCACUUUAAAGUGCCUGAAUUAGUUUGUAUUUUUUCAGUUCCAGCUGUGUUAACAUAAAUGUAAUACAUUUCCCAAACAUCUGUAGUAAGGCAAGAAUGAGAAGAAGAAUAAUACUUUAUUUUGACAUGGUUAGCGAGAUGAGCGCGAAAAUACAAUAAUUUGUAAUGUUAGUUUGCAAAAAUGGAUAGGCAAACACACAAUAAUACAAAAAAACUAUAAAUGCAUAGAUUUUAAUGAAAUUAAUAUACAGUUUAUUUCAUGAGCCAUGUGAAAUCGUUAUGAAUGUUGGUCAGUACAGUACAUUGAUUAUAUAAAGGUUGUUUAGUCAAAGAAGAUAUGUGAUAUUGGUAUUUAUCAUUUUCAAGUAUUCUCGCUUUCCCAUUACUGUCAUGCUUUCUUAAUGCCAAAAAAUUGCAGAAAUACUUGCAGUGACCGUUAGAUUACUGUAAAUGCCAAAGUUUGACUGGAAUUUUUAACAGGCUUAAUCUGUGAUGACUUACAAAGAGCGCACAUUUUUUGAAGAAAUGUAUGAAAUUUCAUGAUGGUGUACUGUAUACAUUUUAGUUUAUCUAUGAUUAAAUCAUGCCAGGUGUUCAGUCAUCUAGCAUAUUGGAUUUUUCAUUUUUUAUCAGUGUUACCAAGAACCACUUUUGGACAUUUUGGUCUGGUUUAUCCUUCCAAUGUAUAUUGUAUCUAGUAAGAAAAGGUUUGAAACAGUUUAGUACUAUAUUUGGUUGGAUUGUUCAGAGAUGAAGUAUGGCUGUUGGCAUAAAGCCAUUUGUUGAUGAAAUAGGUGUUUUC